AGUUGGUAAGGACCACCUUAUAGUUGAGUCUCAUCCGAUACCUCAUAAUUUCACCCUGGCAACCCUUAAUAAUCACCUGUACUUUAUUAUUUGUACAAAGUCUAGUCCUGAGUGUCACCAUCCUGAUCCCUUGAGUACUUACCUGUUGCAAACCUAAAACAUGAUCAAAGUGGACUUGAAGGAUGCAAGCAUGAAUAAUAGAACAAGGUCUACACACCUGUGUCAGCACACCUGAGCUCUUCACCCUUCCUGUAUUGCCCCUGUGACUGAACAGACCCUGUGACAUGGAAUCAUUGUUUAUUUCCCAUGGCACAGCCUCUUUCUCUGCAGAACGUCUGACUGCCAUGUUCACACUCCUGGGUGUUUGGUGUUGCCAGCAAGCACUCAGAGAGAUAAACAUUAAUGCUGUUUUUUUAUUCUUUUAUUUUUUUUAUUUUGAGGAUUACAACAUGAUCAGGUGGCACUGUGGUGGCUGGGAGUGGGACCAGGUGGCAUGGGGGUGAUAAAGUGCGGGGCUAGGCCGUUUGCUGUGAUGAAUCAGGGCUUUUGCCUCUAUGCACUGGAUCAGGACCUUGGCAGCUUCUCAAAAAAACCCAAAUCCCAGGUCAUUAAAAUAACAAAACCGCCGAGGCUGCCACUCCUGGAUCGAGCUUUAUAAAUCAGGCCCCCGGUUUCCCUGGCACCACAGCCUAGCCUAACACACAGAGAAAGAGGCACGUCGGCGCUGGGUCACCAUGAGCAAGAUCACUUUUUACGAGGAUAAGAACUUCCAGGGCCGCUCGUAUGAGUGUGACACAGACUGCCCCGACAUGCACCCCCACUUCAGCCGCUGCAACUCCAUCCGGGUGGAGAGCGGCUGCUGGGUGCUGUACGAGCGGCCCAACUACAGCGGCUACCAGUACGUGCUGACCAGGGGAGAGUAUCCUGAAUACCAGCGUUGGAUGGGCUACAAUGACUCCAUCCGCUCCUGCCGGACUUUCUCCUAUACCACCGGCUCGCCCUACCGCAUGCGCAUCUACGAGCGACCUGACUUCCAGGGCCAGAUGAUGGAGUUCAGCGACGACUGCGAGUCGGUGCAGGACCGCUUCCGCAGCCGCGACAUCUACUCCUGCAACGUCAUGGACGGCUACUGGACCAUGUACGAGCACCCCAACUACAGGGGGCGCCAGUACUUCAUGCAGCCCGGCGAGUACCGCAGGUUCAGCGACUGGGGUGCAACUUGCGCGACCACCGGCUCCUUCCGAAGGAUCACCGAUUUUUGAAAGAGCUGUCUCAUGUUAGAGAGAGAGAGAGAUGACUGACUGCUAUGAAUAAAGAUACCUUCUCCAGACUGA